AGCACAGAGAACGCGCCUGGGCCUCCUGUGCCGCCAACAGGGCUUCUUCUGGAAAGUUCCUGAAGCUUGGGAGCAGCGGAGCUGUCACUGACAACGUGCAGAUUAGAUUGUUGGCACCACUAGAAGCUGAUUUGAUCCAAAGAAAUGGCUGAAAGUGAUGGAAAACAAAAAAUAAAAUGGACAACCACCAUUAUUAUUAGCUCAUCUCUUAAGAGUUAUGAAGUUGCAGCUGCCCUAGAAAAUCAAAGCCACAAGGUUCGGUAUUCAGAUUCAGUGGAAAAUGGAUCAAUUAUAUUUUCUCUUUCUGGAGUUGCAUUUUUAUUGAUGGAUGCUAGAGAAUGCUUUAUGUCUGCUGAAGAAACAUUUCUAGUCAAAAUUGAGAAGUUUAUUAACAUUCACCAAAAUAGUUUUUUGGUUCUGUCUGCUGCCCUGCAUGGACCUGAAGAAUGGAAACUGAUGUUCAGGAUUCAGCAGAGAUUCCUGGGUAGUAACUUACGGAUACUUCCAGUACACAACACAGUAAAUGCUAUUAAUCUUAUGUGCACCAUAGCUAAGAUCACCUCCAAAUCAUACAUAGAUAGCAUCUGCUACAGAAUGAUAACAACUAAAGCUUACAUCAUUGAGCGAAGUCCUGUGUGGAAAACACUUCAAAAGAUAAAACUGAGUAGUGAUACAUUUAACCCAAAUUAGAUUAUCAACUAUAAAUAUUCUUUGGGAAGGAUAUUAAAAUACAUACAAUUAAAAAUGA